AUGAGCUAUGAUGAACAACUAGAGAAAGAAAUUGAAGCCAAUGACGGUGAUAUCAACAAGGUGUUCUUAAAACUUCAAGAAGAAUUCUUCAUCAAAUACAAUAAACUGGUUAAAUUGAAUAAUUUCGAAAAGCAUCAACUCAAAUUAUUAUCAUUCUAUAAAAGAAGAAAUAAUGCUAUAUUGGAUUUAUUAUCAGAAUUCGAACAAGGAGAAGAUGUUAAUGAAGACAGGAUUAGAAAUGUCGAAGCUAUGAAUGAAAGUUUGAAAGGAAAAUUGUCAAUAGACGAUUUGGAUGAAAAGAAGAUUCGAAGUUUAAAGAUGGAUUUAUUCCUUGAUGAAUCAAUUUCUGAAUUGGAGAUAGAUGAUUUGAUCAACAUUUCUAAGAAUCCUCAAGAUAUAGAGUUCUGGUUAAGAAGAAAUCAACCUAAUUUGGUAUUAUCGAGGUUUAAACCUAUUGAACAUAAGAACAACAAGUUAAUCAAGAACGAUUCUAAUUUAGAUAAUUUGAAUAACAGUUUGAAUAAUCAUGUCAAUAAUGUGGGUUCUAAAAAGAGAAAAAAGAUAUGA